CAGCCGAGGGCGCCGGCCCCGUUGCCUCCCGUGAUGCAGCCACCAGCGCCGCCUGUGCCUGGGCAGUUGGCCCUGCUGGAGACCACAGAAGGCUUCGAAAAGAGGAAGAGGACGGCUCUGUGGUUUGUGGGCUCCCUGCUGGGGGUGUCCAUCCUCAUACUGAUCGUUGGACUUGCCGCCACCACCAGGACAGAGAACGUGACCGUAGGGGGCUACUACCCCGGCAUCAUCCUGGGCUUUGGGUCUUUCCUGGGACUUGUUGGCAUCACCCUGGUGGAGAACAGACGGCAAAUGCUGGUGGCUGCGAUCGUGUUCAUCAGCUUCGGCGUGGUGGCCGCCUUCUGCUGCGCCGUGGUCGACGGCGUCUUUGCUGCACGGCACAUUGAGCUGAGGCCGCUCACCGCGGGCAGGUGCCAGUUCUACUCCAGUGGGGCAGGGUACCUGUACGACGUCUACCAGACAGAGGUCACCUGUCACUCAUUGAGUGGCAAGUGCCAGCUGAGGGUGAGGAGCAACACCUGCUACUGCUGUGACCUCUACACCUGCAACAGCGCAGGGCACCCGCCCACCUACUACGAGUUUGUGGGCGUGCGUGGCUGCCAGGACGUGGUCCACCUGUACCGACUGCUCUGGGCCUCUGCGACGCUGAACGUCUUGGGCCUGCUCCUGGGCAUUGUCACGGCCGCCGUCCUGGGUGCCUUCAAGGACAUGGUGCCUCUGUCCCAGCUGGCCUACGGCCCAUCCUCCCCACCCCAGAUGCUGUAUAACCCUGCCCAGCAGCUCCUGGCCUACACCGGCUUCUGCUCGCCACCCGCUCUCCCAAGCUGCUCGUCCUUCCCUCUGCCUCUCCAGCCGAGCACCGGCCUCCCUGUGUGCGAGGACACGCAGCCUCCCUCCCAGCUCAGCUGUGGCCCAGGCCGCCCUCCCCAGGCGGCACCCCGCUCUGCAGCUGCCUCCCUCCUCCCCGGGGAGAAGCCGCCCCCCUAUGCUCCCUGA